AUGCAUUCAUGCAUCACCGGUGCAAUUGGUUCACUACGUGGUCCAUUACACGGUGGAGCAAACGAAGCAGCGAUGGAAAUGAUUGAAAACUGGACGUCACCUGAAGAAGCUGAGCGAGAAAUGCUGGGUAAAUUGGAACGUAAAGAAAAGAUCAUGGGCUUUGGACAUGCAAUCUACAAAGACAAUGACCCACGUAAUGGCAUCAUCAAAAUUUGGUCAGAGCGCUUAGCGAAAGAUGUCGGUGACACGGUCCUGUAUCCAGUUUCAGUACGCUGUGAAGAAGUGAUGUGGCGUGAGAAGAAAUUAUUCUGUAACGCAGACUUCUUCCAUGCAUCGGCUUACCACUUCAUGGAUAUUGCGACCAAACUCUUCACACCAAUCUUUGUGAUGAGCCGUGUGACAGGUUGGGCGGCGCAUGUGAUGGAACAA